AUGCUCAGCAGAGAGGACCUCAAACGUAUGAGACGCACAGAAUUACAACGCCUGAGCAAGACGUACGGCAUCCGCGCGAACCUUAAGACGGAGGAGCUGGUCGAGCUGCUUGCGUCGGAAUCCGAACGUGCCGUGCAUCCCGUGCCUACGCCCACCAUUCCCGUCAACUCACGUUCAGUGCCGAGUCGCGUCGGCAGCCGGACGCGACCCCGGCUGCAGUCGAAUAAUACGAUAGUCCAGCACGAUGAUACCGACGCUACUGACGACGGCGCUCUGACCCCGGUGCCCCUUCCUGAGUCCGAAGUGGCUCCAUCGCCGGUGACAACUACCGGCCCGGCGACGCGUACGCGCAAGGCGAAGAAUACACAGUUAAGACUGGGAGUCGGAAGACCGACCGCCGCGGGUGGCCCUGGCCCUAGGGCUGUCACGAGGGCGGACAGUCAGCCUAAGGUGAAGAGGGCGAAGCCGAGCAGGGUCGGAAGACCAGCAGAGGAGCCCAUAGCCGAAGAGCAACCACAAGACGUGGAUGCGGUGAUUACGCCCAUUGCCGGGCCUUCUCAGACUCGCGAGCUUCGUGCUCGGACAACGGAGAUCUCAAUCGUUACGUUGCCUGAGGAUGCGAGGGCGCAUAUAAGGCAGGUUGUAGAGGAACAAGUCCAACCCCUUUUGUCCACAGUCGCGGCACUUCGCCAGGAAUUGGACGAGAGCGCCACUGCGCACCGCAAGGAGGUGGAUGCUCUGCGGAAACGCGUGGACGACUUGACCUCCGAGGUCGAGAGCUGUCGCCGACAAGCUCACUCUCUCGAGGGUCUGCGUUCAACCGUCGAGCAAAUGACUAUAGACACUCAUCCUGCGCGCAAGAGCUCUGAGCCAUUCCCCGAGUCCAUGAAGUUUGGGUUGCCGUCUCGCGGCUCACAGCCUCCGAUUUCUCAACCAACUCACGCUGAAUAUAGAUCCGGACCCAUCAUCGAGUUCCCGCCUCCCCCAUCGACGAAGAAGUCCUCAAAGGAGCAGGGAUACUACGCUCUCGGGAAGCGACGCAGGCCGCUUGCUGAUGAAGUCCCCUCUUCGACACCCGUAGCUGGACCCUCAAGGCUACCCAUAGUCGAGUCUCGGGAGACGUUGGAAGGACCACAUCCACAUAAACGCCUGCGCUUGGACUCAACAGUAGAGAGGGGGUUAACGCUACCUGCAUAUGAACCUCCUCAGGAUCCUGAUGUCGAACCCGGCGGCAUUCCUGCGCCACAGCCGUUUACUAUCUACGCCGGCCCGGAAGAAGAAGAGUCCUUGGAUGCGAUGAACGCGCAGUCCACAGAUCGUGACUUCGACUCUUUCGAUGCUCCGCAGGUGCACGCGCGCGUCGGUGGUCCUGUUACGAGCACUGCCCAUGCGUUGGAGAAUCAGCGUCAGACAUUUCCGUUCAGCGGUCUGGGCGGCGGCCUGGUGCCCGGAACUACCAUGACACCCGAUACACACGCGCCCGUACCGGCUGCUGGUCAGACGGACGAUUCGCCUGUAGUGAAUCACUUCCCUUUUCCUGCCGCGCCGCAUUCGCCCACACCAGCUCCCACGUCCCGCAUAGGUGGUGGCCCUCGAGCAGGAAGUUCGCAACCUACUAUUCGAAUGUCCGUUGAGCCCACACCUGCCCCUGCACCACAUCCUGCGACACCGCCAUCAACAUUCACACAUCCGCAUACUUUCGGCCUGGGAGCGAAUGGGAUGCAGUACAGUGCUAUCGCUGCCGCGUUGCAGCAGACGCCUCCCGCACAUCGCACACUAUACGGAACCGAAGUCGGUCAAGACACCCGCUUCGGUGACUUUGGAUUCGAUUGGAAUCAUCCUAUAGGACGCUAG